AUGUUGCCUUCUUACUUAAUGACUCUGGUAUCAGACCCUUUGCUGCAGACAGCAAGAGGCAAAUUACAGACAAGAAGAUCUAAACUGAAUGAUGAAAUUAAUAAGGAAUUACGUCUUCGAGCAGGAGCAGAAAAUCUGUUUAGAGCCACACAAAAUAAGAGGUUGAAACAAUUAGUGGCAGUUGAGUUGUCCUUUUUCAACUCCAAUAUCCAGUUGUUAAAAGAGGAAUUGUCUGAACUGAACAGUUCAGUUAAUAUUUAUCAACAUGACAAUUGUAUAGAUUGUGUACCAAUGAUUCCUCUUGGAUUAAAAGAAACAAGAGAAGUGGAUUCUAGUGUUGCUAUUAAGGACUUUAUCCUGAAACAUUACAGUGAAGAUGGAAAUAAUUAUGAAAAUGCAAUCAAUCAGUUUCAAGAUUUUCGGCAAGCUAUUCGAGUCCCAGUAAGAAGUGAAUCUGGUGUUUCACAGCUUAUAAAAUACUACAAUCAUCUUUCACAUUUGGAGAAACGCUUUUAUAGUCCUGGAAAGAGCCUUGGCAUAUAUUUUCAUUGGUAUGAUUCUCUCACUGGAGUACCCUAUUGUCUACGGACAAUUUAUUUUGAGAAAGGCAGUAUUCUAUUUAAUAUUGGUGCUUUAUAUACUCAAAUUGCUUGCAAACAGGAUCGGAAAACUUUAGAUGGUGUUGAAGCAGCCAUUGAGAAUUUCCAAAAAGCAGCUGGAGCCUUUCAGUAUUUGGUUGAUUAUUUUACUCAAGCACCCAGUAUGGAUAUGCAUCCAGACACUUUACGCAUGCUCAUCAAGUUGAUGAAGACCCAAGCUCAAGAAUGUAUUUAUGAAAAAUUAGUUUUGAAUGAACAAUCUUUAGGAAUCUUGUCCCAUUUAAAAAUUGCCAAGAUGGCUGCCAAGGUGUCUCAGAUGUACAAUAUUUGUCAUGAGAUGACUAGUGCCGACCCAGUAAAAGCCUAUGUGCCAUAUUCCUGGAUUUCCAUGAUGCUUGUUAAAAGUCAAUAUUACAAAGCCCAAGCUCACUGUCAUGUCGGGCUUGAUCUGUUGGAUCCUGAUGACACCAGCAAUUUAUGCAAACUACGUGAGCUUUUCACAGUCCUUAAAUUAUCUGAGAAUCUACCAACAAUUGAAAAAACAGCUAGUGUUUUAUACUUGACUCCAGAAAAGAGAAAAAUCCAAGGUAAAGCCCAUUAUCGAGAAUGUAUUUUACUCUUGGAAGAUGCACUCAACACUCAUGACCUUUGCAAACAGCUCCGUAAAAUUGACCUCUUUCAUGGUGUGCUUAGAAAAGCAUAUGAAAGAGCAUUGAAAAAAUAUGAAAGUCUUGAAGAAGAAGAUGAUUUCAGUGAUUAUGUUAAAGUGCCUUCUAUUGUACCAGAACCUGGGUUUGAAGUUUACUGUAUUGCUCCCCAUUUUGCUCAAAAUUCUGUGGUUGAUUUCUUUCAAGCUUUGGGUCCCGGCCACAUAUUCUGUGCAAGUCACUUAUGGACAGCACCACGAGUUGUUCACUUGACAAAGGAUCCCAAACAAGGUUAUGGCUUCAGUAUUCGGGGAGAUGCACCUGUUCGAGUGAAUAAAGUAGAACCAAGCACAAAUGCUGAGAAAAGUGGGAUGAAAAAAGGAGAUUUGAUUGUAUCAGUUGGAGAGAAAGACACAAAAUGGAGUCUUCAUGAAGAACUUGUCCAAUUGGUUCGGAGUUGUGGAGACAGUUUGACCCUAAAAUUGGUUACACCAAUGGAUGAUGAUAUUCCUUCAGUGAAUGAUUCGCCCAUCAACCGACGAGCCUCAACAGGAGCAUCAUUGUCCCUCAGUCAUGAGAAAAAUGACCCCGCAAAUACUAAUGACAGCAAGAAUUCUAAAAGCAAAAAGCGACUCAGUGCUCCUUGGUUGUUUAUACGCAAAAAUUCAAACAAAAGUCUUAGCAAAGCAGACAAAAAAACAAAUGGGGGAGAAAUGCCAGCACGGUGA